AUGUCGACAUUGCACUUGUUACUGGAUCAAUUCAAAGCUAAUCCAAUCAACUGGGCAUUAGCAGCAAUCCUGACCUACAUACUGCGACAUUUUACAAUCUCAAACAAACCACCACAGGUUCCAGCCAAGCAUCCAGAAGUACUCAUAUUUAAAAACUAUACGCCUGUCGAUCUGUUACCUUACAAUGGAGAAAAUGAUUCUCGCAUCUUGAUGGGCGUCAAUGGCUCAGUCUAUGAUGUUACCCAAGGCCGAAAUUUUUAUGGACCUGGAAGUCCUUAUGCCAACUUUGCUGGACACGACGCGUCACGAGGGUUAGCCAAAAACUCAUUUGAUGAAGACAUGAUGGUGGAUCCACAUGGACCUAUAGAUAAACUUGAAGAUUUAGAGGCGGAUGAUUGGCAAUCUCUGAGAGAAUGGGAGAAUCUUUUUGCGAGCAAAUAUCUGUUGGUUGGUAAAUUAGUUGAAAAUCAUAGUAAAUAA